AUGUCGUCCAGAUCAAAGGAGAAAGUAACGGCCGCCAUUAGGAAGUUCUUCAAAAGCUCGGAAAGCAAGAGCAAAGAAAGCAAAGACAAGGAUGGUAACGGCACCCACACGGCCGCCCCGACAGAUGCUACAGAUUCGAACCACCUGCACUUACCCCACGGUCACCAUCAUCACCCGCACCACUCGUCGUCUGUGGCGGCCGUUCACACCGGUCCGGGCGGCAGCGGGAGCGGUGGGCCGAGCGCGGGCAGUGUGGCGGGCAGUGGGACGAACGGUGGCAGCGCAGUGUCGAAUGGCAACGGUGGCAGUAAUAGUAGCAGCAGCAACAGUAAAGCCACCACCGACAGCCCCAUGAGGCGAUUACGAUGUGUUGUGGCCCCCACGACGACUCCCAUGGUGAACGUUCCUGUAUCGAAACCGCUCGACACCACCAUCCGCUCGAGACGACUUAUGAAGGAGCUGAAGGAAAUCGAACGGUUACAGCACUCACGGACGGAUCCAUGCUUUACGGUAGAGUUGAUUAACGAUAAUCUGUACGAGUGGCACGCCCGGUUGUAUCGGAUCGAUCCCGAUUCACCGCUGGCCGAAGAUUUGGUCGAACUCAACAUUCCCUUCAUCCUGUUGCAUCUGGUGUUCCCGGAGAACUUUCCCUUUGCGCCGCCCUUCAUGCGCGUCGUCGAGCCCCGGAUCGAGAAGGGUUUCGUGAUGGAGGGUGGUGCCAUUUGCAUGGAGCUGCUGACGCCCCGUGGUUGGGCGAGUGCCUACACGGUCGAAGCGAUACUGAUGCAGUUCGCGGCAAGCUUAGUGAAGGGGCAGGGCCGUGUGUCGAGGAAACCCAAAUCAGCCAAGGAUUUCAGUCGACGGUCCGCGGAGGAAGCCUUCCGGUCGCUGGUGAAAACGCACGAUAAGUAUGGUUGGGUGACGCCUGCCCUCAACGAUGGUUAG